AUGUUACUUUGCGCUUUGGAUGGCAUUGCAUUGCAUUGUCGCUCCAGAAGUGGAUGUGUUGUCAGAUAUUUAUCGCAAAAACCGCAGAAGAAUAACACGAAAAACUUUGAAACCAAAGACGAGAAAGAGUUGUCGAAAGUGAAGAUCACUCUUAAGGAUCAAAGCGGACACAUCUUAGGCAUCAAAUCCAUGACUGAAUCCAAACUAUUGGCGCAUAAAUUGAAACUAAACUUAAUUGAAGACAAAUCGGAGACAAAACAUAAAUACCAAUCGUUUCGUUUGGUUUCAAACAAACAAUUGGCACAAAUGGACGACCAGUUGAGUGACAAUCAGUUGCCAUCGGAUGACACAAACGAUCUCAAGAAGAAUGAGUCGAUUCAUAGCAAAGGUGUCAAAGAAAUGAAACGUUUGGUGUUUUCCACAAAAGUCGAUGAAAACGAUUUGUUGACUAAAAUUAAUGCAACGAAACGAUGGACUUCUAGAGGACAUCACAUCUCUAUUCAUGUGACAAAUCCUCAAAAAGAUCCCAAACUUCUGGAAGCGAUUUAUACUAAAUUUGAGACACAAUUGAAAGGAUUUGCAAAAUUGAAUCAAAAAAAGAUUAAAACGGAUAACACAAUGAAGUUUAUGAUAAUUCCUGACGACAUUCAGGACCAGUUGAGAGGCGAUCGAAGUGAGACACACGUGAGCGCCGAUCAGGACAUCGACGGCAUUGAUCCCAACAAACUGUUGAGCGAUGAAUUUGAACAACAAUUACAAGACAUCGACAAAAAUUUGCCAUCAGUUGAGUGGGGCUUACAAAUAAGGCCCGAUGCAGGGCUACUAAGGGCCGGCUGCGGGUCCUCUAACUCCAUUGAAAGGCGCCAUUAG